UCGACAUUUUCUUCGGUUUUCGCCCAAUGAGAUGGGCUCAUAUUUGUCACAACCUGUCACCAAAAAAGAGUCAUGUUCCGGACACGGAAGGGGGCACCUAUGGGGCUGCAGUGCGAUGCAAGGAUGGCGAACCAGCAUGGAGGAUUCUCACCUGGCGGUGUCCUUUGAGGACGAGUUGGAUGGCAUAUCCUUUUUCGGCGUGUUUGACGGACACGGAGGCUCAGAGGUAGCGGCUUUUUGCAAGCAGUACAUGCCUGACGAAAUCAGCAGGCAGCUAAAAGAGCGGUUGGCAAGAGGAGCCAGGCUUUCCGGAGACUGCUUGGGAGAGGUUCUCACCGCUUCCUUCCAUGCCAUGGACGACAUGCUUCGAUCUCCUGACUAUGAGCGACCUUUGCUCGCGCUGAAGCAGGCUGCGAGACCUGGGUCGAAAGGCCAGGGCUCUUCAUCUUCCGAAGCUGCAGGAUCCUCCUCUUCUUGUGACGCAGAAGAGGCUGCAGAGGCUGAGGAGCCCACGCAGAAACCCAGAGGAGUGCUUUCAUUGCUGUCCAACUCAAUCGAGUCUGAUUUGGCACAGGCACGAGACAAAGGCUCUUUAUCUCGGGAUGAGGCCAAACAGGUAAUGAUGAAGAUGGCGCUGCUGAGGAAGCUAGAAAGUAAAGCGCCAGCUUUAGGCCCCGACACUGGAGCGGCGGACAACGUAGGGUGCACUGCGGUUUGCAUCCUUCUCACGCGGGAUGAAAUUGUGUGCGCCAACGCUGGCGACUCCCGAGCGGUGCUCUGCCGAAAGGGUGGUCCACCCGUGGCACUGUCGCAAGACCACAAACCCAAUGACGCGGUCGAGCGAGAAAGAAUAGAAGCCGCCGGUGGGCGCAUUGAGGAGAUCUCCGUUGGAAUUCGUGUACAUUACCGCGUCAACGGAAAUCUGAAUUUGUCUCGUUCCAUCGGUGAUUUGGAGUACAAGAAAAGCCCUGAACUUGGGCAUGAGCGUCAAAUGAUUUGUUCUACGCCCGACAUUGUAAAGAUGCCACGAAUGAAGGACGAUGACUUCAUUAUCCUGGCCUGUGACGGGGUUUGGGACGUCAAGAGCAAUGAAGACGUUUGUAGCUUCAUGAAAGAGAAACUCCAUGGCGACGAUGCAGAGGCCAUCAUUCCUGCUGUGGAGUCUCUGCUUGACGAUUGCAUUGCCGAAGACCCUAAGAAGACAAAUGGUCUGGGCGGUGACAACAUGACGUGCUUGGUGGUACAGCUGCAACCAUGACUGAGAGGGUCUGACCAAGCGAAAGACCACACGACAGCUGGUCGGUCCUGCAGCGGAAUUUGCAAAGAAA